AUGAUCUCCCGCAUGAUCCCGCACAUCCCCACACUCGCCACCAUCUCUCCGCAUCCCACAUCCCCAUAUCUCCGCGACCCUUCCCUCCGCAUUCCCGCAUGCUCCGCAGUCGAUCUGCAUGCGGAGUCUAUGGGCGCUAGACACUCCGCUCCGCAUUUAUGCGGAGCGCCGCCGGUACGACACGGCCCGCAACUGAGGGCCGGUUGGCUCAUUCUCGAUCCCAACGACGAUCCGAGGCUCGUCUGGACAGACGACGACCAUGCCGUACCAGACUGUCUGAAGCUAUGGUUUCUAUCUAAGAAGGAUUGCACGCCGGAAGAAAUCCAAACCGCAGACAAUCUAGUGCAGGAGAUCGUUGCCGACAUAGACGACGACGGUUUGACAGAGGACGCAGAGAGUUACGGUCGCUCGUUGGACGAACACGAUCAAACGACGAAGAAGUUGUUGGAGUUCACCAGUUUACGAAGCAUGCAAUGCCUUAAAAAGGCCCCGUCGAAGUUCGUGAAUACCAUAACAUCAAGGUCGGAAAUGGCCAACCUUCCGCGCAUUGGGCACGAGAGCAAUACAGCCUUUCCGGCUUUUCAACUCAACAUCACGACGGCAGAAUUGCCCAGGAAAGCAAGAGGAACGGGGGGUAUACGACAACUUGGAACGGCAGGCGAAGUUCAUAUCGAUAUCAAGGACUGUGCGGGUGCGAUUUCUGCUAUCACAUGCUACAGCGAAGACAGGGACGACGUUGAGGAAGACGUUCUCUACUUCGUCGAGUUGGGCGUAGGGUUCAUCCUUCGUCGCCUUGUAACGGCCUGCUUUUCAGGGCUAUACCUUCAUCGCGGAUCGGCAGUUCUCUUCAAACAAAGUGCCGGCCCACACCCUCGUCCACACCUUCGCAUUGUCGUCGUCGCCUACCCACCCGCACACCAUUUCGAAACUUCGAGUUCUUCGGCGUUGGCUAUGGUGCCUUCCAGCAAACGAGAAGGUGGAAGUGAAGACCAUCCAAGAACCUCGAAGCACGUUCAGACGGAGGUCCUCAAGCUUUACAAAGAAAUGAAACAGUUCAGAGUGCCCGACUUUCCAAUGUAUCGACCCGAAGCACAGGCCACCUACCUCUCCCAAUCCCGCGCCAUCUCCACCGCAAGGUCCUACGGUAACCAUGCCUCGCGAAGCAUCGUUAUGUUUGUAUCCUAUCUCAUUUCACAAGUCGACCCUGCCCUUCAAAUGCGCUUCGAUCGAGAUCUACUUCUGAGUGCGUUCAACUGGGUUGUCCCCGAUGAGGAGACACACGAGGGACCCAGCUACACCAGGGUGUGUGCCGAUCCUUGGUCCACGGGACCUGGGUGGACGGGCGAUGAUGUUCGAAUUGGAAAGCAAUACACCGACGAUUUCGAAGGCAUGUCGUGUUCGGAACAAGUUGCGAAGAGGAACAGCGAUUCAGGAUCUUCCGUACCAUAUGGAAACACCAUCGCGGCCAGUGUCGAACGUUCAUGGAAUCGGCAUCUGGAACAGAUGUCUUCUACCUACCCUGUAUGCGUUGUGUCGAAGGAGAGGGAGGUAAAUGGGCGUGCCUCAGCGCAGGCCCGGAAAGCUGCAAUCAAACGUCUCACACCGUUCAUGCGCCCUUCCGAAGACAAUAACGCAGAUGCCCAAGCCCCAGAACAAGAGAUCCACGAAGAGGAUGAAAGAUCCCCUUUGCGCCGUUCUACUCGUACUUGCGUACAUCGGCCGUAUGAUGAUGACCCAUUGGUACCGGCGCCGUCGAAGAGAAAGCGGGGAGGUUCACACGGCGAUGGACCCAAGCACAAACGGCAUCGCAGCACCCAACAGAGCGAGAGCGAAGAUACCAAUAACACUGAUCAAGGGUCGGACUUUAACGGACUAUUGUCAACCUUUACGCUAACGCAUUUACAACGGCAACACGACGAAGCCGAAGAUCUCGUUGACACUCUCGAUUCGACCGACACCGACGUCGCAAACGAAGCCAUAAAGGAUCUUCCCGCUACGAUUAAACUCUGCUGCAAAGCCGGACGGGUAUCGGAGCUGUGGCAGAUGUCGGAAUCCCUUGAAGGGCAACACUCAGCAUCAGCAUUACAGCUCGUGGAGGAACGUUCGAAGAUUAUGAUGAUCAACAUGCUCGCAUGGGAAUGGCUCGACGAUUCGCUUGAAAAGGGGCUGAAGGCUCGACAAUCGACAAACAAUACCCACUGGACUUCGCCUCUAUACGCCGCCAUCGAGAACAUUCACCUCACGCCAGACAUUCGCAAAACUCUUCCGGCCACCAUUUGUUUCCCAGCGAUGACUGGGGCCCCAGAGUUCGUUCACGAGCGUCCCUUGCGGCGACGAUACUCUGCCUUAACGGACGAAAAGCUCAGGGCCACAGCAGAGAAGGUGGUUAGAACCUGGUUCUCUUAUCCGAAGAGUGACUACCUUCGCAUGGCCGCCCUUCUUACCCGCAAACUCGUGGACAUUGCAGGUCCCUUCAUUCUUCUUUACCCGCCGGUAUGGAACACCUACACCAACCUCCGGAGAGGCAUUGCUAUCUCUUCCAAAGUUACGCGCGAAAAAAUUGAGCGUUGGGCAAAUGAAGAGCUACCCUUGGCGCUGUUCACUCGUCGCGCAUCUGAGGAGUACAAGGUUCUUUUGUCGGUGUGUUCGUUGUACGGCUCUCGAAUCCCCUUCCUUCUCGAGGACUCCUCGCUUGACGUUGUUGACUAG